AUGAGGAGAUAUAUGGUGUCUUAUACGUGGCAGAUCUUGAAGAAGGAACUGGGGCUGUACCAGCUCACCAUGGAUAUCAUUGUGAUGAUCCGAGUGUGUAAAAUGUUCCGCCAGGGCCUCAGGGGAUUCCGGGAAUAUCAGAUCAUGGAGACUGCUCACAGAAAGCACCCUAUCUUUUCCUUCUGGGAUAAAAGGAGGCAAGGCCGAAUCAUGUUUGAUACUAUGGACUUUGUUGCAGAGGAGGGUCACUUCCCUCCAAAAGCCAUGCAGAUCACACAGAAGCUGCCUUCCUGGAGGACGGAGCCCGAGAUCCAGGCCCUCUGUAACCUCCUGCAGGUCUUGGACAGCUACCGUAACUACUCAGAGCCCCUGCAGCUGCUCCUGGCCAAGGUCAUGCGCUUUGAACGGUUUGGGCGCAGGCGCGUGAUUGUCAAGAAGGGACAGAGGGGCAACAGCUUUUAUUUCAUCUACCUCGGCACGGUCGCGGUGACCGAGGAUGACGAUGGCAGCAGCGCCUUCCUGGACACCCACCCCACAUUGUUGCACAAGGGCGACUGUUUUGGGGAACUGGGCAUUCUGACUCCUUCACUAAGGAGGGCCACUGUGGUCUGUAUGGAAGAAACAGAAUUCCUCGUUGUCGACAGGGAAGACUUCCUUGAGAAUAAGCUGGACCAGGAAUUCCAAAAGGAUGCUCAGGAUCGAUUUGAAUUUUUUAGGAAGAUGGAUCUGUUUGAGUCAUUGUCUGAUGAGAAGCUCUGGAAGCUUGUAGCCCUGGGGAAGGUGGAGAAGUUCUCUUAUGGGCAGCUGAUCUCAAAAGAUUUCAUGGAAUUGUCCUCCAUCAUGUUUAUCAGCAAGGGCAGCUGUGAAGUGCUGCGUCUGAUAGACCUCGGGACCUCGCCUUUCUACUACAAGUGGGUCUGGCAGCAUCUGGAGCUGAUAGACGGCAGACCUCUGCAGACCCACCUCAGUGAAUCUUCUCCUGUGGAGAGAUUUAAGGAAUUUCAGAUCAAAUCAUAUCCUGUACAGGACUUCAGCUUUCUGAAACUUAAGCACCUCCAGAACUCCUGGGAGCAAGAGGGGACCAGCUUCAGUAGGCAGAUUAACAUCCCGGGAAAUUCUUUUCCGAAGAUGUGGGGCCCAAAGAUCAAGUCCAGGGAUCCUCAUUCACUUCAGUGUUCCCUGAUCAGUACCAAGUAUGGUGAUCUCCCCGAGGAGGCUGCAGUGGGCGCCUACAUCAAGAUCCACACUGUGGAGGAAGGAGACACUGUGGGUCUUCAGCAGAUACUCCUCCCGGAGAACCAGCUUGACAUUCGGCCCUUGAUCCUGGUGAGCCUGGGAGCUGAGGUGAUACGGGUGACGAAAGAAAAAUUUUGUGAACUGAUGGACAGCAAGGUAACAGAGAAGUUGUCCAGGCUCAAGGUCAACUACCCCAGUGAUGAAGAUUUGUGCCGGAAGUUCCUUCAGGAGAACAGCUGGAAUAUCUUUCGGAAGGACCUACUGCGGCUGCUGGUGAAGCCUCGCCAGCGUCCGCCGUUCACCCCAAUCCGGCCUAAGAAGAAAGGGAGCUGCAGCCCCAAGUCUCUGAUUCUGGAUUUGUGUAGCCUCAACAAGGAGACUAAACCUUGUCAUUCCAUUUUUAUGGCAUCCCGGAAAUACCUGCCCCCAUUGAGGAUCGUCCAAGCCAUCACAACACCCCGAUAUAAAAUCCAGGAACUCCUGCCUCAGUAUAAGAAUGCAGGAGUCCUUGUUUAGACUAAUAAAAGAUGUUGGGUUGGUCA